AUGUUGAAUACUCAAGCUCAGGUGUCACGUACUGGACUAUGUUCAGGUAAUAGUCAACUAAUAGAAAACAUAUUACCCUCGACCAUAUGUUCUACAGAUAUUUAUGAUAAAUUGUUGAAUGAAUGCCAUUUUGAUAAUAUGAUUCAUCGAUCUAAUCCAGUUCCACGUGCUGUAUGUAUUCAGGGCAUAAUUGAAGACGAUGGUAGUUAUCCGUUAUACAGACAUCCAGUAGAUAUUCAACUAAUAUUACACUCUUACACACAAACUGUUCAAUCUAUUGCUGAUUAUUUAUCCAAUUAUAUGAAUCAACGUUUUAAUCAUGCAUUAAUUCAACAUUAUCGAACUGCUAAUGAUAAUAUAUCUUCUCACUCCGAUAAAACGUUAGACAUAAUUAAAAAUAGUUUAAUUGUAAGUUUGAGUUUAUAUCAAAAUCCAUCUGGUUCUAUUCGUACAAUGACAUUAACAAAUAAAAUAAAAUCAACUGAUGUUCAAUUAGUACCAUUACCUCAUAAUUCAUUAUUUGUAUUGGACUUGCAAUCAAACAUCGAUUAUUUACACGCUAUUAAUAAAGACAGUAAGCAGGUACAAUCAGCUGAUAAUAAUCCAAGGAUUAGUCUUACAUUUAGAUCAAUAGGAACAUUUGUAAAUUCUAAUAAACAAUUAUGGGGACAAGGAGCGAUACAUAAAACAAAGGAUGAAUUAGUGUAUACAGCCAAUCGGUUCUCGACUAUGAAUGAUAUUGAUACAGUAAAAGCUGAAUGGUCACGUCUCAAAAAGGCGUUUGAUGCAGAAAACUUAAAUGGUUUUGAUUGGGAAUAUUAUUAUGGAAAUGGCUUUGAUAUUAUUGAUAAAAGUUCAUUAAUCGAAUCAUACAAACGGACAACAGUCAGUAAUGAAAAUGACGAUCAGGACUUCGUUACAUGA